GAUGGUAGAGACAAUAUCAAAUGGCAACAAUGUUCAUGAGACAUUAUUAACCGCAGUAGAAAAAGAAAAUUGUUCAAAAGAUCUAACAUCUUUUCCGAAAUGUCCAAAAAAUACUGAAGAUAAUAUCAAGACAAAUGAACAGGAAAAUUCUGAUCUUUGCCAGGUUUCAGAUCUGUUUGAUAAGCUUGCAAUAAAAGGCGCUACAAUGAAGAAUCCCGACGUGCCAAUGGAGAAGAAAUAUACUGUCGAAUACUUUGAACGCGUGUGGAAGGAAGAACAACAUAGGCUUCAGAAACUUUGCGAGGAAUGGACGAAAGUUCAAUCGCAGGACGACAUAAAGGAAGAUAUUCGAUGUCAAAUUAAUCAAGCAAUAGGACAAACAACUUUGUUAAUUAAAGAGAAGUUUAAACAGUUUUAUGGAUUAAUACUAGACUGCGAGAGAAAAGACGGUAACGUGUUGAUAUCUUGUACGGACUUGCACGGAUUUUGGGACACCAUGUACAUAGAAGUGAAGGAUUGCGAUUCGCGUUUUGCAAAAUUGGAGAAACUUCGUGCUAGAUGUUGGCAAGAGGAUCAGUCAUCUUCUGCGAUAUCUACUAGACCUAAGGAAAAGAUAGUUAUCAAAAAGAGAAGUGUACCGGUAAGGAAAAGCUCACUGCAAUCAAUAAUUUCAUCUGAUAAAGAGAAAAAUAUAGCAAAAAUUCAAGUUAAUAAGCAAAAGAAAAGUUCGCAGGAAAUAACAAGUGUGAGUAACGAUCAAUGUAUUACGCCUUGCAUGACUAAUAAAAGAGCUCUAAGUGUUCAUAGAAGAAAUUCUGAUCUAUCGCAUAAAGGAAGAUUUCUAGAAUUAUCUACUGGUAUGUGUACAUCGACGCCUCUCCCCGUUAAUGUUAGCACUCCAUUGAUAACAAUGAAAGUAAGCCAACUGUACAACAAAUCCACGAUGCUGUUAAACGAUACGACGCUGUAUAUAACUCCUGAACAAACACCGAGGAUGAGUCCAAUAGAGAAAUCGGAAAGGCUUGUAAGAAGUAAAAGUUUAAGAACGAAAUUGGCGUACGAAACUGAUUCAAAAGAUAAUUUCACCACGAUGAAAUCACCCGAUGAGAAAUUGGAGCUCGAUCAAAAUUCUCAAGUUUCAUCAAAGAAGAUAAACAAAUCUAAUGAGCUACAUUCAAACGAGCAUAUUCAUAACGAAGAAAAAUCGAAUUCUGGAACCAAUUCCAGUUCCAGUUCCGCCCAAACAGUGAUCGAAAAAUCACCAAACAAAAAUAACAGCACUUUUAUAUUAUCUCCGUAUAGUACCGAUUUACCUAAGACUCCGACAGAAAGCAAAAGUUCCGUUAAAGAAUCCUCGUCAAAGAAGAGUUCGAAGAUAAGAUCAUUCGGAAGUGCAAGACAUUCGACUGUGAAUAAAAUUGCAAGCUCUUUUGGGAUUCCAACUACUCCAAACCUUCCGUCUACAUCUCGCAAUGCAUCGUUAAAGCAUGAUGUCAGGAAUAGCAGCUCCAAGAUGACACCGAGUACAAAAAAAUAAAAAACAAAGCCAUUUUGGAUGUUAUGCAUCGAAAUUAAAAUCGAAAUAAUAUCCCCAUGCACACAUCCACAUAUAAAUAAGGAAAAUCAGUUAAUUCUUACGACAUCAACGAAGAGUAUAUAAAGGCUAAUGAGAGAAUAUAUAUAAUAAAUACUGAUAAAAGAAUG